CGCGGAACGUGAUUGGUAGAAAUAGGAGAGCUAGGAGAAAGAAUUUUUUUUAGCAGGUGGGGGAACUACAUGACGGUUACAUUCAGUAUUUCUUUCGCUGUGGUAGCCAGAGUAAGCAGAGGAUAAAUUGAUUUACCCCUGUAUAUUUGUAAAAAGUGAAAAUGCAAUUGAAUCAAUUUGCAGUUUUCCUUCUUCUGGCCAUCAUUUCAGAGGUGUUUGGAAGACACUUAAACAAAAAUUCAUCUAGGAGGCAUGAAGGUGGUGAAGAAAGUUCCCGCACUCGAAAAUCUCAUUUGAGGCUGCACGCAAAACCACCUAAAACGAUACAUGUUACAGAAGGAGACGACAGAGUCAUCGAAUGCCAAGCUGGCGGAAGGCCUGCUCCUUCAGUGCAUUGGCUGAAGAAUGGAAAAAAAAUUUCUCAGAAUGAUGCCGAAAGGUUUGAACUUGUGAGUGAAGUUGCGACCGAAGAAGAUGGUGACACUUCCAAGUUGAACAUAGGAUCUGUCCUUUCAAGGCUAUUCUUGGAUUGUAUAUCUGAAGAGGAUGAAGCCGAAUAUACUUGUGUUGCUGAGAAUGCAUAUCACAGGACAAGCUCGACGACGCAAGUUGUUGUUUCUCUUUCUGAGGAAAAGAAAUGUGAAGAAAGAGGGACAUAUGGUCAUGCUCCACGUAUCUACUCGUGGACAAAAACAAUGUUGGAAACCCAAGGACUGGACACGAAGUUAAUUUGUAAAGUAGACGGUUUCCCUCAACCAACAAUAAAAUGGUACUUGGCGUUAGGAAGCAAGCGAGAAGAGUUAAAUAACGGAGACAAAUAUCAGAUCUCGAAAGAUGGCAGUCUCGUAAUACGAAAUUUGAAAUGGAGUGAUAUGGGCAACUACAUCUGUACGGCAGAUAAUAUUCACGGUACAGCUAAAUCAGAAUCUUUCCUGUAUCCAGCAAUACCUGAAUCGUGAGAGUAGGAGAUUAUCGAAUUCCUUUCAUCUUUGUGUAUGCAUUCGCUCAAACUUCGCCGUCAUUAGAAGCAGAGAAGAAUUCAUGCAUCCAUUUGAAUCUCAUCUUUUACAACAUGAGCUGUGUUGUGUAUUUAUUGCACUGAUUUUAUUUUUAUAUUUCUUGUACAUAUAUUAUCAUGUCAAUAAAUCA